AUGGCUCCUCUUACGGCUGAGCUGUCACAUCUCCCCAAGGCGGAUGGCUCCGCGAACUUUGCAUACGGCGGCUACACAAUCACAGCUGCAGUCAACGGACCAGUAGAGGCGCAGCGCCGGGAUGAGAAUCCGUUCGAGGCGUUGGUGGACGUGAAUGUGAGGCCGGCGGCGGGAGUUGGAGGCACUGGUGAGCGCCAGCUGGAGGCUAUCCUGCAGCCAGCUCUACGACAUCUCAUCCUGGUCAGAAAUUUCCCCAGAAGCGUGAUUCAGGUCACUCUUCAGGUCAUGGAGACGCCUGAGAAUGCGUAUGUGAAUUCCAAAGUGAUGCAGCCUCGACUGAAUCUCGGCAUCAUCCCGGCGCUCUUACACGCUUCUAUUUUGGGGCUUUUAACAGCAGCAGUUCCCAUGAAGACGGUAGCCUCAGCAACAUGCCUGGCAAUCGCAAAUGCCGACGGCAGCAGCGUCAAGGUAGACCCGACACCAGCGGAGAUUGAUCAAGCGAGAUCCGUCCACGUGCUGGGCUUCACGGCUGACCGCGACCUUUUGCUCGCCGAGAGCGAAGGCUCCUUCUCAGAAGACGAGUGGGCCACAGUCCUCCAGACGGCGGAAAAGGUGUGCUGUCGCAGCCAGGAGGCUAGAGAUGAUGCGGAAAUGGGAGGCUACGGGGCUGAAUCCGAGAAUAUGCAACAGUUUAUGCGCUCCGUCUUGGAAGCGAAGGCAGCGGAAGGUCUCCACUGGAGGUGA